AUGAAUCACGGCGUGCCCGUGCGCGUUCGACGAACGCUCAUGAAGCUGUCGCAACGAUUCUUACCCGUCUACAUCUUCGUCUGCGGUCUGGUCAUUUUACUCAUCUCUCAAGUCACCUUUCGCGGACCGCAGCAUGCAAACGCUGCAGAACUAGUCAGACGCGAUGCGACGCCGGUGGUGACGUCGACGAAGCCAGGAGGAUUUCCUCAGAAGAUCUGGCAGUCUUGGAAAGUGGACGCAUUGGACCUGGAAGGCAGAGAUCUGUUCUGCGCGCGGUCUUGGAUGGCCAAAAACCCCAACUAUCGUUACGAGGUAUUGACAGAUAGCAACGACAUCCAGUACCUCGAGACACACUUUGGACCGGGAGGACUCAAUCGACCCGACAUCAUUGACGUAUAUCGAUUAUUAACGGCUAAGAUCAUUAAGGCCGACCUGUUGCGGUAUCUGAUCAUGUACGUGGAAGGAGGCGUCUAUGUUGACAUUGAUGUGGAGGCUCUCAAACCACUCGACAGAUUUAUUCCCGACAGCGACCAGUUCAAAGAGGACGACAUCGAUAUGAUUAUCGGGGUUGAGAUUGAUCAACCCAAGUUCAUCAAACACCCAAUCCUGGGCUCGAAAUGCAAAUCGUUCUGCCAGUGGACAUUUAUUUGCAAGCCGAGACUGCCUGUCAUGCUCCGCCUGGUUGAAAACAUCAUUGAAUGGCUCCAAGACCUCUCUCAAAAGCAAGGAGUGAGCAUUUCCGAUCUGUCCCUUGGCUUCGACGAUGUGAUCAGUGGUACUGGACCCUCGGCCUUCACCGACGCAAUUCUGGAGGAGAUGUCGAGGCGUGAAAGCAGAAAUAUCACUUGGGAUGUCUUCCACAAUAUCGACGAAGCGCGUCUCGUGGGCGGAGUGCUCGUGCUUACGGUCGAAGCAUUCGCCGCAGGACAGGGACAUUCGGAUUCAGGCGACCACAAUUCGAGACAUGCAUUGGUCAAGCACCACUACCAUGCAUCUGGAUGGCCUACGGUGCACCAGAGAUACAAACACCCGAUGUAUGACGAAGUGGAGUUGUGCAACUGGGAUGUUGAUUGUGUCCAGCUCUGGGAUUUCAGCACCGCUUUGUUUGAUUCUCUGCCACCCGAAGAGCAGGCACGACAGCUUGCAGAGAAGAUGGGACAGGGCAGUGGUGCCGAUAAUGCAGCUCCAGCGCCUGCGCCUGUCCUGGAUCUCCCUCCUCCCCCUCCGCCAGAGGAGUUGAAUGUUCAAUUUGUGCGUCGUUGGGAGCCGGCGCCCACGAUCGUCGUUGCCACCGCCGUCAGUGCCGUCAAUGCCAUCCUCAGUCCCUCGAUACAGGUGAAUGCCGCACCGGUCAGCAUUGUCCAGCGAAUUGGCCCCGUCUCAGUAGAGCCGGUGACGACGCACGGGAAUGUGCAGGCCAGUAUGGCGACCGUCUAUGUGAAGGCAACAGCGAUACCCAACUAG